CGGUCACGUGGGACUCAGCUGGGGGCGGCGGGGGAAGCUGGGCCAAGAUGGCGACCAUGAGGAACGCGCUGCCGCGGAGACUGGUGGGCUUAGCGUCUCUCCGGGCUGUCAGCACCUCUUCUCUGGGUACUUUCCCAAAGCGAGUGAAAAUUGUGGAAGUUGGUGCCCGAGAUGGACUACAGAAUGAAAAGAAUAUCGUAUCUACUUCUACAAAAAUCAAGCUGAUAGACAUGCUUUCUGAAGCAGGACUCCCCGUUAUAGAAGCCACCAGCUUUGUGUCCCCCAAGUGGGUGCCCCAGAUGGCUGACAAUGCUGAAGUUUUGAAGGGCAUCCAGAAAUUUCCUGGCAUCAACUACCCAGUCCUGACCCCAAAUAUCAAAGGCUUCCAGGCAGCGAUUGCCGCUGGAGCCAAGGAGGUGACGGUCUUUGUUGCUGCCUCAGAGCUGUUCACCAAGAAGAACACCAAUUGCUCCAUUGAGGAGAGUUUACAGCGAUCUGACGAGAUCCUGAGGGCAGCUCGGGCCGCCGGUAUCCCCGUGCGUGGGUAUGUCUCCUGUGUGCUUGGAUGCCCCUAUGAAGGGAAGAUCUCCCCGGCCAAAGUAGCUGAGGUCACCAAGAAGAUGUACUCGAUGGGCUGCUACGAGAUCUCCCUGGGGGACACCAUCGGUGUGGGCACUCCUGGGAUCAUGAAGGACAUGCUAUCUGCGGUCAUGCACGAGGUGCCUGUGGCUGCCCUAGCUGUCCACUGCCAUGACACCUAUGGCCAGGCCCUGGCCAACACCUUGGUGGCCCUGCAGAUGGGAGUGAGUGUCGUGGACUCUUCUGUGGCAGGACUCGGAGGCUGUCCCUAUGCACAGGGGGCAUCCGGAAACUUGGCCACUGAGGACCUCGUCUACAUGCUGUCUGGCUUAGGCAUUCACACGGGUGUGAACCUCCAGAAGCUCCUGGAAGCUGGGACCUUUAUCUGCCAAGCCCUGAACAGAAAAACCAGCUCCAAAGUGGCUCAGGCUACCUGUAAGCUGUAAGCCCCUUUGGGGGACUCUUUGGGAAUAGGGGCACUCGUGAAUGAUUCAGGAAAGGGCAUGUGGAAAUGGGAAUGAAAUCGACCGGAGCGGGCACCUCCCUAGCAGGUCCCCACAUAGGUCUCCUGCAAAAGGGAGGCAAGGGACAGGAGCUGCUUGGCCUCUGGCCCUCCUUGCCAAACUCUGGUCUGAGUGAGAAGCCUGGAGGGCUGUGGGUCUCCCUGCCCCAUGAGCCCGGCCCAGGAGUUGAAUGCCCAGUUCCCUGGUGCUCGGGCCCCAUCUCUGGGUGAGGUCCGUCAGCAAGCUACACAGCCUGACCCUGCUGUGGCUCUGGGGCCAUCGCUGACUUCGGAGGACAGAGGGGCCUGGAGGAGUUUUUCCCCAAGCUGACAGAGGACAUUUGCAGAAGGGGUGAAGGCUGAGCUGCUCUGGUGACCACCUGCCAACGCCAGCGUCUUUGGAAAAGGCCCGCUCUGAACAUGAUUUCAGAGCACAGCUUGUGUAAUUAAAGGUCUAAUGGCAUAAAA